CGUUACGAUACGCUUGUAUUCAAGCAAGCUAAUUUGACUGGUUGUUUCGACAGGGUUGAGACGUUGGCGCCACCUGGAACUCGAGAUGCAGUCGUUACACGCGCAUGGUUCUGUCGGCGCGUCAGCACACCACCAGAGCCACGUUUAGCCUCGAUCCAGCAAGCACCAUGACAUCGGCAACGAAGCUCAUGUACCACCUCAGUGACAUCAAGGCCAAGGAUGAAUGGGUAGACAGCAGUCGUCGCACCCACUGUAUCAUAUGCACCAAGAAGUUCUUUCUGACGUUGGGCAAGCACCAUUGCCGUCGAUGCGGCGACAUCAUUUGCAGCGAGUGCUCGACGUUUUCGUUAGCGCAGCUACCAGGGGCCGGUCUAGUGAAGCUUCGCACGUGCAGGUUGUGCCAUGCCAACGACGUGGCGGGCGGCGAGUGCCACGCGCCGCCGUCGUCAUCGUCCGAGGACGACGCCUUAGACGACGAGCUAUUGCAGAAGUCGGAAAUGAUGAUGUAUAUCCCCCGCCACCACCACCAGAACCAAAAGCCACCGCAGGCGGCGCCUUCGACUUCCUUGUCGCGCAACAACCGGUGCCCCAGGCUCGAACGAACCAUGAUCUCAGAAGAAGACGACCGAUACACAGUGCAGUCGUACACGUCGGCAGGCAGCGGCAGCGCCACCGACACGUUGUCUCCGAAAACCACCGCCUUCAAAUAGUACCCACCCCCCUAAACGGUGUACUGAAUACUAAAUAUUCUUGCGCG